CAUCGCAGUAACAAUAAUGAAUUUUUCACAGUUUCAGCCCCGCCUCUCCCCUUUAAUUACUCUGUGUCCCUUUCCCAUUUUCCCCUUCUUUUAAUUGUCACUCCACCUUGUUGCUUCCCCUCCCUUUGGAGAGAGAGGGAGAGGGAGAGAGAGAAGGGGAAUCAAAAUACUAUAAAUACUAGUACUAGAUGAAUAAAUGCAUUUUAUCGGCUUCGGAAAAACUCUGAUUUCAUGAACUCAUUUUAACGCAGAUGCCUUUCUCUUCAAUCCCAUUUGCAUAAUCCAAACCCAUGUUGCUAUGUUGGAGGGCAGUUUGCACAUUGCCGUAAGGCUUAAUAAGUCGGUUUCUUGAGGUGGGGUUUCAUGGGUUGAAAUCAUGAGUAGCUUCACUAGUGACUACGAAGACGAUAACGAAUAUCGAUUCUUUGAUGCUCAGGAAAGCAUUGCAUCAGUUUCGGAUUCAGGUCUAGGUUGCUCCAGAAGUCACGAUUUUGACUCUGCUUUUGAGAAUUGGGAGUCCGUUAGCUUUCAGUAUGAUGUCUGGAUGAGAAGUCCCCGAAGUGUUAGGGAGCGCCGAAGGAAAUUCCUUAGGUGGAUGGGUGUAAAUUUAGAUAGGCUACCGGGAGAUGAUUGUAUAACACAAUAUGGUGAUAUGGAUGUCUGUAGAGGGCAAAUUGAUAGGGUCCUGGAGAAGAGUGGGGCGGUUUUGAGAAACUCAAUUUUUGAAGAUGAAUUUUCUUCAAGCAGAUCUAGUGUGUCGAGUUGGUCCACAGAUGCUUUGGACUCGCUUAGAGAAUUGGGCACGAAUGAGAGUUUUAUGAGAGGCUGGACUUCGGACGGCAGAAGAGAGGGCAAUACCAAUGAACUGGCGGAGAAUGUUCAGCUGAGUCAAACUCGAGUUGUGGGCUUAAACCAUUUACGGACAACUGAAGGGGUUGAGAACACAUAUCGUGCACAAUCUGUGGAUCAGCACUUUGUGGCAAGAGAAAUGGAGAGUAAUGGGAACAAUGCUGCGAUUAUGGACAGGUUCAAGAGUCGGUGGUUGCGCAGAAUACGCUCUAUGACUUGCAUGACGAGUCAGCCUGGACAUGCUGAGAACAGGGGAAAUAAUGGCUCCAACUCCACUGGAGCAGCUAAGGUCCAAAGGGUUAAGGUUCGGAGUACUAGGAAAAAAUUGAAGGAGCUUUCUGCUCUGUUCAAGGGGCAAGAUAUCCAGGCUCAUGAGGGAUCAAUCUUAACCAUGAAAUUCAGCCUUGACGGACAAUAUUUAGCAAGUGCAGGAGAAGAUAAGAUUGUUCGAGUUUGGCAAGUUGUGGAAGAUGAGAGAGCUAAUGAAACUGAUAUCCCGGAUAUAGAUCCAUCGUGUUUGUACUUCACAAUUAGUCAUCUCUCUGAACUUGCACCUCUAAUGGUUGAUAAAGAGAAAAUCAGUAAAUUGAAGAGUAUCAGAAAGACCUCAGACUCUGCUUGUAUUAUCUUUCCACCAAAGGUUUUUCGAAUUCUGGAGGAACCAUUGCAUGUGUUCCGAGGUCACACAGCGGAGGUCUUGGAUCUCUCAUGGUCGAAGAAUAAUUGUUUGCUUUCAUCCUCUGUUGAUAAAACUGUUCGCUUAUGGAAAGUUGGAUGCAAUCAGUGCCUGAAAGUCUUUCCACAUAGUGAUUAUGUGACAUGCGCUCAAUUUAAUCCUGUAAACAAUGAUUACUUUGUUACUGGUUCGAUAGAUGGCAAAGUUCGAAUUUGGGAAAUUAGUGUUCAAAGAGUUGUUGAUUGGAGUGAUGUAAAAGACAUCAUUACUGCAGUUUGUUAUCGCCCUGAUGGGCAGGGAGGGAUCAUAGGCUCAAUGACUGGCACCUGUCGCUUUUUCAAUGUAGCAGGUGAUCGCCUGCAGGUGGAAGCACAGACGUGUUUAGCCACUAAAAAGAAGUCUCCUUGCAAAAGGAUAACCAGUUUUCAGUUCUUCCCGAAAGACCCGAGCAAAGUAAUUGUUACUUGUGCUGACUCUCAAGUCAGAAUCCUUAGCGGCAGUAAUGUGAUCAGGAAAUACAGAGGCUCACGAAGCUCAGGAAACCAGAUCUUUGCUUCUUGCACCUCAGAUGGGAAACACAUUAUCUCUGCAUCUGAGGACUGUAAUGUAUAUAUGUGGAACUCCUUUAAUCUAGACGACACAUCUCCAUCUCAGCCAAAAAAUGUAAGAGCUUUUGAGUGCUUCUCAGGUGAUGCCUCGGUAGCAAUUCCUUGGUUUGGGCUUAAACGAGGGGAUUCAGAUGAUAUGCAGCAAUUGUCUGGAAUUGAUCGGAAUUCAACUGACGAACUGCCUCUCUCUCCUACUUGUUUCUCUUUGGGUCACGAGUUCUUCUUAGAGUCCAUACCCAGGGGAUCAGCAACUUGGCCAGAGGAAAAGCUUCCUGCUGCAGGCUCUCAGGUGGUCGCUUCUCUUCUGAGUAAAUCUCAAUACAAGUUUCUCAAGACUGCUUUCCAGAGUUCAUCCAGCUCCCAUGCCUGGGGCAUGGUAAUUGUUACUGCAGGCUGGGAUGGUCGAAUCAGAUCAUUUCACAAUUAUGGAUUGCCAAUUCCUCUUUGACAAAUGUCCACCACUGGCUUGGGGAUGGCAUUGUUCACAAAUGAUCUUUUGGCGGGACGCCUCUUUCGGGAUCCCCUCAUUUUGCGGCUUUGAUCUGACGGAAUAAUGUCGAUUUUGGCAUCAUAAAACUCGCUGACUGCAUUCCAGUUAUUGCAGGGUAAAAAGGAUAUUUGACCUGAGAAUUGGUGUCCGGUGGGGCCGUUGGGAUUUUUCCGGGUACAUGAUUGACGCUUGGUGAGGUGUUCAAUUUGUACACUCUGUUCAAUUUGCAGCUGAAACGAAUGGGCACAGUUUUGAGGUUUUUACCGCAUCUGCCCUGUUGAGAGAGAUUGGUUUUAGGAUUCUUCGAUUUAUUAUUUGAGAGGAGAGGAGAGGAGUUCAUAUGGGUUGGGCCAUUAAAAAGAAAGAUGGGAGUCGUGUGUAAGGAGACGUCAAUUUGCAUAUCCGUCUGAUGGAGGAUCCAGUGGGUCCUUACACAACCUCUUCCAUUUGUUCUCUGGAAUGUGCCAUGGGCUGGCAGAGCAGGUGGUUAGAAAUUGUUGGGGGAAAACUAGUGGGGAGCUUCAUCUUUUCAUGGGUUCGUUGGCUGGGUCUGAAUAAUUGAAAUAGUUUUUGUCUGCCAUUUCAUCCCAUUUGAGGGGGGGGGUUUGAGGGACUAGGGGAACUUUUAGCCGGGACUUUGAGAGGCGUGGGCCAUUUUCACUUGGGUCGUGCUACAGAUUUUUGGGAAAUGACAGUGGGAUAAGGGCUCUCGAUUUCUCGACUUUGAUUUGCUGCUGCCCAGAUAUCUGUCGGAGGUCCCUGCUUUGCUCGUGGACUACUACUCUGUUCGCACUAACAUGACGACAUGAAGUGUGAUGUCUAACAUAUUUGUAAUUCAAUUAUUAGCUUCUCCCCCCUUUUUUUUUUCCUUGUACAGGCCAUUUUUCUUCAUCAACUUCUGUUUUGGAUGUAAACGGUUGGUAUCUCACAGUCGCAUCCUUCCACAUUAUUAUUAUUACCAAUAAUACAAGAGAAAGGACCAUAAUAGUUUUUUUCCGGUUCA